AUGUCUUCGUUAGGGUACGCUCAAAGAUUGGCGUGGAAAGAGGAUGUCGGUGGGACCUUAGGUUCGGAGGAGAUUCAUUUCGAAAGCGAGAGAGUGGAACAGUUGGCGAAAGAGUUGGCGGAUGUGAUACGAGAAGCUGGGAAGAUUGACGAUGAUGAUACAAAGAAGAAAAAGAAAAAGAAGACGGGUGUCAUUGUUCACACGGGCGCUGGCAUCAGCACCGCCGCCGGGAUUCCCGAUUUUCGAGGGCCCAAAGGGAUAUGGACGCUCCAGAAAGCCGGGGAAAAUUUACCGACGAGUUCGGUGCCGUUCCCGUUAGCUUCGCCAACUGUCACGCACAUGGUGUUGUGUGGAUUGCAAAAAGCCGGGUACAUACGAUACGUAGUUUCCUGUAACGUGGACGGAUUGCACUACCGCAGUGGAAUACCGAGAGAGGAAGUCGGUGAAUUACAUGGGAACUGUUUCGCCGAACGGUGCGAAACGUGCGAAUGCGAAUACUUUCGCGACUUUGAGAUGGAGUCCGUCGGCUUUAAAUAUACAGGAAGACGGUGCAGACGAAAAGAGUGCGCGGGAAAGCUCCGAGAUCAGGUGUUGGAUUGGGACGAUGCGUUACCGGAACCAGAGCUUUGUAGAGCCGAGAAUGAGGCGAAGAAAGCUAAAUUAGCGCUCGUGCUUGGAAGCUCGUUACAAAUAGUACCUUCGGGCGAUUUACCUUUAUUGACUAUACCGGAUGCUCGAUAUAAGAAACGAAAACGUAGUAGUUUGAGUAGUAGUGGUGGUAAGAAUAAGAAAACAGUAACAAGAAAGACAACAGGAGGGCAGCUCGCCAUUGUUAACUUACAAGCGACCGAAAAAGAUCAAUUCGCAGACUUGGUUGUUCACGCGAAAACGGACCAAGUUAUGUUACAGGUGGCGAAAUAUUUGAAUAUUGAAAUUCCAGACUACGUGAGAAAAGACGCUUUCGGCGUGCGCUACGUGGCGCACGCUUCAAACGAAGACAAUGAAGACAAACGCAUCCAUUUGAAGGUUCAAAUUGUAUCCCAGCAUUUCGAAAGUGACCACGACAUUCCCGUUCCUUGGUUGGAAGAUAUUGACGUGAAAAGCAUUCCAAAAUGGGUAAAAGUAAAGAACCUUGAACAGGAAACGAAAAGAGUCGGUGGUCUUUUCGUUUGCAAAACGUUUGAGUUUAUGAGAAUGUUCUCCGACUUCUUAAACGAUGACGACGACGAUGAAGAAAUAGUUUUCGAAAUAAAGCCAAACGCAAGAUUAAAUUCGAGUCCAACCAUCUCGACGACGCGUUCGUCUCGAGCUUUGCAAAGACUCCUCGAACGCGUGACAAAGGGCGAAAAGCUCACCCUCUCGAGUUGCGAAGAAUCAGAAACUAUCGAUAACAUCGAAACCCACGUGGUUCGGUAUCAACAAAAGCGGUGA